AUGAGUAGUCAAGAACAUGAGAAUGUUCAAGAGUCAUAUGUUAGUUUUUAUAAUUUGUCGAGCUUAGGAAGCGAGUCCAACAACCAUGUGUUCAGAAUUACACCCCCUUCCACAGUAGAUUUAGAUAACACAAUAAUAAUUAACUUUUCUGGAACAUUAAUUUUUGAUUCUCAAACAGAAUAUGUUUGUAAACUGAUAAGGGUCGUAGCAGGCAUGAGUGUAACCUUUAUUGACUUAAAUUUAAAGGGAGGAAUUUGCACAAAUACUGCUUCAUACAUUACAAUCAAAAACUCCCGCAUCCAUGAAAUACAAUCCGGUGUAGAUUAUUUAUUAGCAUCAACAAACAGCAGAAUCGAAAUUGAAAAUACAAUUUUCGAAAAUUCUAUGCUUUACGGAAUUAGUGCAGAUGACUCCUCUAACAUCACACUUCGAAACUGUAAAAUCAUAAAUUGCUCAGAGGCUGGCCUUGUUGCAACUGGAUAUUCUAAAGUUUUUGUUUACGAUUCUCUUAUAGAUAAAUCAGAUACAGACUUAACAUUCGCUGAUACUCGAUCCCAAUUCGUCUUUUCCAACACAGAAUUCAAAAACGCUCAGCAAACUGCGAUUUUUAUCAACGCUAACUCAACGCUAAAGGUAACCAAUAGCAAAUUCACAGAUAAUCAUAAAGGAGCCCUUGCAGUUCAUCAAUCUUUCGAAACUGAACUCGAAAACUGCGAUAUCAUAAAUUCCGGCGAUACAUGUGUGCUUUUAGACGAUGCACAGACUAUUCUUAAUAAUGUAUACAUGAGAAAAUGCAACGGUAACUGUUUGAACGCUUCAUCUCAUUCUGCUGCUUUUAUCAAAGAUUGUCAUUUCGAAGAAUCACAGUGGCCAUUGCUUGCCUUCUGUGAUGGGGCCAUGGGAUACGUUUCCCACUGUAUUUUCGAGAAAUCUUUGAUGUCUGGAGUAAUUGUCCGCUCAUCAAACAGAGUUGUAAUAGAAGACUGCAUAAUUAGGACAUGCGCUGAAGCAGGAACAAGAGUUAUCAACUCUAAGAAUAUUACAAUUCGAAAUUGUUGUAUCGGUGAUACUCAAUACGGAGCUUUAGAGGUUUGCGACCUUAGCGACGUAAACGUUGAGGACUGUAUCAUUGCUGGUGGCGCAGCUCAUGGCAUCAAUGUCUUUACAGGAGCUGUUUUACACGUUACAAGAUGUCAGCUCAUCGGACCAUUUAACUCAUUUAUGUGGAUACAUCACGGUGCAAGUAUUUUUGCAUCGGAAAUUGUGUUCGCUGAUUCACCAAGUCCGAUCAAAAAAGGUCAAUGGAGAUUAUUUGCCAAUUGCACAACGGCAUUGGCCAGAAAUGACAUCGGAAAUCCUAUUAUUAAUGAAACAUACACAUAUAACUUCAAUGACAUGAAGACAGAUGAAAUUAAUUUAGAAUUGCCAAAGAAACAGAGAGAAAAUGAUAUUAAAAUAUGUCGUAUAGACACAAAGUACGCAGUAGAAGUAAUUAAUAGCUAUAUUGUUGGCGUAGGAAACUACGAAUUGCAUGCAAACAACCUCGCAAAGAUGGAAAAUAAGAAUUUUAUAGUGAAAAGGUGCUUAAAGUGCGACAAAGUUAAAAGAUGUUGCCUGUUCUCACCUUGUGGCCAUGCAAUCUAUUGCCCAGAAUGCUGGGAUAGUCUUCCUGAAAAAGAUAGACCAACAAAAUGCCCAUUAUGCCACUUACCAAUAGAGAAAACGCUUCACCAGAUAUUCAAUCAGGGUGCUGAUGAACAUUUGUGCCCUAUUUGCUAUACAAAUAACAUUGAUAGUGUUAUUAUGCCUUGCGGACAUCCAAUAUGCCUCGAAUGUUGUAAGAGUUGGUUCGUUGAGCAUAGCGAAUGUCCGUUCUGUAGGGAGGAACAAGCAAGAUUCCGCCCAUUUGUUCCGUAUGAAUAA